AUGAAGGACUACCAGAGUCUGGUGGCAGCUCUGUCAGAGAACGUGCUGACCAUCAACAUGUUACUGAGUGUCUUCUUUCUUCCAGGUGAGCUGGAAUUUAUACUGAUUCUUGUGGUAAGUUAUGGAGUUAACACCUAUCCAAUAGAAAUUACAGGAAAGCUGAGUCAGAAAAACUGCACCACUCUGUUUUCUGAUCUAACUACAAGUCAAGAGGUCAGAUACUUCCUCAGAAUCGAGAACGGAGGCUACAAAGCAACUGCGUGUUCUAGUCCGCUGCAGAUAACAGUGGAAGAUUCUCCUUGGAGUCCCAGCAUUAACAUCCCUGCUGAUCUGAAGGAGGAUCAGUCUGUCACUAUCAGCUGCUCAGCUUUGACUCCCUGUCCACACUCACCUCCUGAACUCACCUGGAAUCUCCAACAAGACUCUCACAGACAAACAGAGAAAAACACAGAGGGAACCUUUACAACUAAAAUCCAGGAGGCCAUCACUCUGUCAGACACACAUGAUGGAUACAACAUCAGCUGUUCUGCCACAUAUCCUGUGAAUGGAGGAAGCAAGACAGCAGAGACAGAAGUGACUCUCAGUGUUUCAUAUGCUCCUAGAGACACCUCAGCAUCCAUCAGUCCAUCAGGUUUGGUGUCAGCAGGUAGUUGGGUGGAGCUGAGCUGCUCCAGCAGAGCCAAGCCUCCUGCCAGCUUCACCUGGUACAGGAACAGCAAACAUGGAGCCAUUAAUGUCUCUGUGGGGCAGGUUUACAGCUUCAGAGCUACUGAGGGAGGAGAGUAUUACUGUGUGGCUACAAAUGAUCUGGGUCAUCAGAACUCAUCAGUGAUCCUUGCAAGAACUGAAGGAGCAGAGAUGUUUCAGUAUUUGAUUCCACUUCUUGCAGUGAUUGUUGUCAUUGUGCUCAUCUGCCUGGUGAUCUCUGUUUGGCGGUUCAAGUUCAAACAUCUAACUCCCCAACAGACUCAGAGUCAGACAGGUGUGGAGGCUCAGGUAGCAGCCAACAAAGCAGAGGAAGAACUCAAUUAUGGAGAAGUGAACUUCCUACAGAGAGGACAUGAAGAUUCCUCCGUCUCAGUGCAGGACGGAGGACAGCAGGACACGGUGUACGCUCAGGUCAAAGUUUCUCCUGACUGUCCAGAGGAUGUCUACGCUCAAGUGAAGAAAAAAUAACUUUUUUUUUUAACAAAAGUACUUUUGAGUUAAAAUGCAAACAUCCUCAUCCUCAAUUUUGCUUUAUUUUGACAUUUUUAAAUUACAAAGGACAUCCUUUGCAUAUUGUGUCAAGAUUUGUAUGCAUUUCACACCAUGAUAGAUAGAAGUGGAUGAAACGUUCCGGUUCUAUUCUACAAAACAAAAACCUCAGGGCUAAAAGCUCCUAUAUCAAACACAGUAACUUGUUUAAAUAUGGAUAAUGACCAAAGAAUAUGUAUCUAAAAAUAAAGUAUUUGUAUUUAAAACAAACCCAGACCUGUGCCUCAGCUUAACUCAAAUGUUGUGAAUUAAAGACAUUUUCAGAAAUUUCUGAAGCCACGAGAUCAAAAUCUGGGAUUUCCCAAAUUGCUUUAAGUGUAUGUAAACUUCUGGAUUUGAAGAAAGCAAAACAAAUUAUCUGUCAUUGAGAUACAAUUUUAUUACAAAAAUAAAAUGUUACUUGAAUAUCCUUUAGCCACAAUUUAAUCCUCUCCACUGAAGGAAAGGUGUCUUUUUAUGCAGUGUAAGGAAAUAUCUUUUUUCAAACUAAUUUUCAGUUUUUCAAAUUACCUAAACUAGA